GGAGAUUGUAAACUUGGUUCGCUCAUUUAAUAAUCGAAUUAUGAAGGCUAUCUUCGAACAAAAAAGAUUUUCAUUGAAUGAAUUACUAUAAAAUCUAUAUUUAACUCUCAUUCUACUAUAUAUAAACAACAAAAAAGUAAUAGUGGUCUUUUUUCUUCUUUUGAUGGGCCCGGGAUGGAAAAAAGUUGAUUGAUUAUAUGUCGCACAAACCUUGUUUAAAGCUCCAUUUGAACGAGUUAAUAAGAAUACUAAACAGUUAACCUCUUCUCUCUUUUUUCUUUCUUCUGUCUUUGUUCUAUCUCUUUCCUCUUAACGAUCCUUUAACACUCCUUUCCUUUUUGUUUUAACUGUAAUGUCAACACCCUCGGUUCAAACAGAAGAGCCUAGUCAUGUUCAUUCACCCACUACAAACUUCUUACCUCGUAUAAGACCUCCAUUCAUCUCAUCUCCUUCAUCCACAAAGUCUUCCUUCUCCAAUGGAAAGAAAUGGCGUUGGUGGAAUUAUCUCGGGAUAGCUGUUUUCCUGUUAAUUCUUGUCGAAUGUGCCGUGCUUAUUAUGAGCUAUAAUUUAUUAAACGUAGAGACCCUGCCUAUCAGAAUUGUGAAAAGACAAUAUCCAAUUAAGCAAUACACACACUUGGACACCAAUGUCAAGAGUCAGAUUGAAAAAGGCACACAAGUCUAUCAUGUUACUAAAGAAUUUGGACCUGCAGUGACAUCUCAACUUGGUAGAACAGUGACGGCUUUAGCAGCAGCACAACAAGCUUCGAACCUUACCGAAGUUGCCAUCGUUAUGCCAUUUUAUACUUUCAUGCGUCGUCUUGUCACCGACAAAGAGAUUGACAUGGUUCUGGAUAUCCGAGGAAAACGACCUGGUCAAAUCAUGAAUGUCGAAUUCCGGGUGUGGAAAAUGAUGCAUGCAUUCAACCCACCUGUACAAGCUCCCAGUGUUUAUGAAUGGCAAAUGAUUAACAAUAUCAACACAUCCGUUUUAAUCACACCACAAAUUGCACCUGCUCCCACCGAUGUUGUUCCUGUUUACAUGAUUGGUCAUGCCAACCGUCGACCUUUCAACCAAGCUUUCAAAUGUCGUACUGUCAAUGAUAUUCAUACCGAGAACGAGUUACCCAUGGAAUGGCGUGAUCAAUACUUUGCCAAAGCAGCAGCAGCUUUUUUAGCUCAUAAAGCCACUGCUUCCGAUGAAGAAUCCAUUUUUGCUCCUAUUCGUAUUGUUCCUCGUGUCGAUAUCGUUCAUAUUCAUGGCGCUUCCAAUGCCUAUGUGUCUAAAUUCUUGCAGGAUAAAAAAGAUGCCAAUGAUUUAGGUCCUCGUCCUCCCGCUAUUGUUUACACCAUGCAUGAUCAUCAACAAGAGGAAAUUCAAUAUUCUAAUUCAUUCCGUAAUGUACGCAAAUUUAUGGAUAACUUGUCAGAGCGUGAAUCAUUGCGCAAGUAUGUGUAUGGCGGUAAAAUGUUCAUGUCCAAAUUAGCCAUAGACCGCGCCCAAGCAGUCACUUUUGCUAGUCGACCCAUGGCCGCUGAUAUUAUUGAAGGCCGAAGAGAUUUCCAUCUGAAAGAAUUGGUCAUGGAUGGACUCCUCAAAAAGACCGAAAACUCGAGAUUUUUCGGUAUCAGUAACGCCAUUGAUUUUUACAGUUCCGAGCAUCCAUUCAUCACGGACAAGCUGGUUUCGAGAAAGAUGGGUUAUCCUCAAUACGCUCUUGAUUCCAUUGGAGAUCAAGAAUCUAUUCAUUCCAAAGAUCCUUUGCAUGCUUUAGCUUUAGAUAUCCCCGAUACACCUACGUAUUGGACACUGUCUGAAGAGUCUAAAGAUUUUACGUUCGUCUACAAGGAUCGUGCUAAACGUUACUUGAUUAAACGUAGCGUUUUCACAGAACAAGAUAUGAAACGUCCCAUUGUUCUUUUCCGUGGACGUUUGGAAAACAACAAGGGUUUGGAAAUUUUUGAACAAGCAACUGAAUACUUUGUCAAGCACAACAUGCGAUUCAUUAUUAUGGGCAACAAACACGAUUAUCCUACUGAACGCUUAGAGGCACUUGCCAAGAAAUAUCCCAACCAUGUAUCUUUGGUCAUUACAGGCAAGGAGCAACGUCGUGUGGGUAUCUUUUGUCGUGCGGCCGCUGAUUUUGUAUUUGCACCUAAUCCUUACGAUAGCCUUGGGUUGGAAACGGUGGAAGGCAUGAUCUUUGGAUCUGCAGUGAUUACAACUGGUGCAGGUAGUUUGCAUGAAUCCAUCAUUGACCGACCUUUAUACCAAGCAGGAUCUCGACAAGUCAGUGUGACUUUAUUGGAUCCUACUGUCGUGACAGAAAAGGGUGCAGUUGUAAAGAGUUACGAAUACUUUAAUGGCUAUGUCUAUGACCAUGAUUCACCCAUCUCAUUAGAAACCGCUAUUGUGGAUGCAUCCAAGGAUUUCCAUCGACUUCGCAAAAACAAGGCACUGCGAGAAGAAUUUAUUUUGCGAAUGAUUCGUAGUGCUUUGAACCUGGGCUGGGAUCGUGGUCAUUUCCAAGGUCCUGUGCACGAAUAUAACCAAGUCUAUGCUUUGGCUCUGGAAGAUCGAUUUAUCCCUGAAAUGAACCGUCAUCAAGUUGAGCAAGAACAUGAUUUGGUGUCUCGAUUACAGGAUAUUGAGUUUGACUGGGAGCCUUAGUCAAACCCACCCAACAAAAAAAAAAAAACAAAAAAAAAACCCUUCAUACAUUUUAUUCUCAUCUUAUUUAUAUAGUCAUACUCACUCUCUCCCUUUCUCUCUCUCCUUUAUUUUUUUUAUUUGUAAAAUAAUCAUCAUCAUUAAACCUUUUUCUUUUAAUAAAAAAAAAACAAAGAAGCGUUUUUUAAUCUA